UAUAUAUAUCCGAUCGAUCUUUAGACAGGGAAGUUUAAAAGAUACAACAAAAUGGCGAUGUCGGUGGAGGUGAAAGGAGAAAAGUUAAAAGAAGAUUUUGAUGAUCUGCUAACUUGUACAAUCUGUUUGGAGAUCUUCAAAGCACCUAAGUAUCUGCCGUGUCUGCAUACGUUUUGUAAGUCGUGUAUUAAUACAUAUAUUGUUUCAACCGUGAAAGACAAUAACCCAAGUGGAUUUAAAUGUCCCGUAUGUCGUCGGUCUGUGCCAAUAGAUGAUGAGCAGCCUGAAACGUGGGCUAAUAAUUUACCCGGGAACCAUUUUGUCGUAUCUCUUAUAGAUAAAAGGGAAUUACAGAAACCUGAUAAGCUAUGUGAUACUUGUGAACAGGACAAACAGAAAGCUAUUUCAUUCUGUACUGUUUGUGAAGAAGCAUACUGUGAAUCGUGCAGAAAGGCCCACACAAUUUACAAAAUGUUGAAAAGUCAUAAAUUAGUACCCAUUAAAGAUAUCAAUGCAGACACUUCCGUUUCCGGUCUAUAUGCGCAUGUCACUUGUAAAGAACAUCCCGACAAGACAAUAGAAGUGUACUGUCAGGAUCAUUCAAAACCGUGUUGUACAGUUUGUGCCACUGUCCACCACAGAAAAUGUGAACAAGUUGUGACUAUUGAUAAGGCGGUGGUUGGGAUUAAAGAUUCCGAAAAAGCAAGAAACCUGAUGACGAAAUUAACAGAAACGAGUAACACAUUGAGCAAAGUUCUUCAGAACCUAAAGACUAAUAAGGAAAAUUUUGAAAAUGGCACAGAAACAGUUCUUCAAGAAAUCCUAACUUUGCGAGAAAAAGUUUGUAAACAUUUAAAUGCACUAGAGCAGAAACUUCGGGAUGAGGCCAACAGUGGAAGGAAAGAAAAUGUAAUUAAGCUUAAAGAAGAAAUGACAUAUUUCUCCAGCCAAAAAAAUACAAUUGAUAAUUGGAAGACUUUAUUCGAAGCUUGUUUAUCUCAAGGUUCAGAAAUACAAUGUCUGGUCAAGAUGGAUGAGAUUCUAAAUAACCUUUCUCAAACUGAAAAAGACAUUCCUAAACUUUUACAAGAAAUAAGGGCUAUAUCCGUAAAGUUUGAACCUAAAGAUAUCAUUUCAGACAUGACCUCUCUCGGCAGUUUGAUUUUUGAUGAGCAACGGCAUUCUGCAUAUAAUAUUCCCGGAAGGAAGAUAGCAAAUUUCCAUACAGGAAAAAUCAGAGUCGCGUUCACAAUUGAUGUGACAAUACCUGCGGUAAGUGGGAUAUUCCUCAAUAAUGAUAUCAUUUUGACACAUUAUUAUCAAAAAAAGAUCGUAUAUUAUGACAACAAAGGGCAGCAACAAGAACAGCUACAAGUUCCUCACAAUUUAACAGACAUAACAAAAGUGGAUGGUCGAACUGUUGCCGUGUCUUCAAAUGAAAAUAAGAUAGUUGUUAUUAACGUUAAACCGCUGACUAUCUCUAAGAUAUUAAAUAUAAGCAACCCUGUGUGGGGUAUUUCUUUCUGUGAAAACGAAUUUGUCACUGCUCAUGGUCAAAAAAUAUCUUGGUUAAAUGUUGAAAAUGGUACAGAAGUUAGAAGUCAACAAACAACAGCAGACACAAGACAUGUUCAUUGCUACACGAAAAAUGAGUACAUCUACUGGAAUAGCGAACAUUCCAUUAAAAGAGAGAGCAAUGAAGGAAAAGGCUUUACGUACAAUCACAGUCAGUUACAACGCCCCUUCUCACAGGACGUUGAUAGCGACGGGAACAUUUAUACAACCGGAUAUGAUUCCAGAAAUAUUCAUCAGUUAACAUCUACUGGAAAUCUCGUACGGAUUAUUCCAAUAUCAGAUAUAGAUAAUACCAUCACGGCUUUUCCAUGCGUAAUACGGUUCCAGCCAAACAGUAACAGAUUUCUAUUAACAUUUGAUGGUAGUGCUUCCAAAGUCCUUGUGUGUGAAAUUGAUUAGAUUCAUUUAGAAGUAGAAUAAUAAGAAGCGAAGGGAGCAAUGAUUUGCUUUAGGGAGUAUGAGCCCAUAUCUUGCUGAUUUUUUGUUUAAAUUACAAUUUGAUAUUGCGUUAUGUUGAACUCUCUAUUAUGUGAAGAAAUAGUGUCAAGGAUAAAACAAUAUUAUAAUAACUGAUAGUUGUAUGUUGUGUUGAUUUUUAAUAUCUCUCUUAUAAGUUUAUAUCAAAUACAUUUAAACAAGUUUAAAACAAUGAUAGGAUUGAAAUAAGAUUCAAUUGUUAUCUCUUUUGUUUUGUUUUCCCGAUGGAUAUCCUAAUUGAGCGUAUUUUAAGUACACAUACUAUCAAAAUAUGUUCAAUUCUAGAUAUGAAAGUAUUCAAUAAUUUAUAUUAAGAUUCGCCAUUCAAUCAAAUGAUAAAACGUUUAAAUUUUCUUAUCCCAGGCAUAGAUUACCUUAGCCGUAUUUGGCACAACUUUUUGGAAUUUUGGAUCCUCAAUGCUCUUCAACUUUGUACUUAUUUGGCUUAAUAAAUAUUUUGAUAUGAGCGUCACUGAUGAGUCUUAUGUAGACGAAACGCGCGUCUGGCGUACUAAAUUAUAAUCCUGGUACCAUUGACAACUAUUAAAACGAAACAUUGUUUGAACCUAUCUUAAGUCAGAAAUCUGAUGUUCAGUGGGUGUAGUUUGUUGAUGCACUUAAUAGUUUUGUGUGUAUUUAAAAUUUGAAUUUUUCGAAAAACUAAGGAUUUUUUUUACCCCAGGCAUAGAUUACCUUAGCUGUAUUUGGCACAAAUUUUUAGAAUUUUGAAUCCUGAAUGCUCUUUGUCUUUGUACUUGUUUGGCUUUAUAAAUAUUAUGAUAUCAGCGUCGCUGGUGAAUCUCAUGUAGACGAAACGCGCGUAUGGCGAACCAGAUUAUAAUCCUGGUACCUUUGAUAAAUAUCAAUAAGUGUUUCUCGUUUUUAUCUCACAUGGCCCGUACGUGGCGUCCGUUGUCCGUCGUCAUCUGCCG